ACUAAUGCGGCACUUUACGAUGAAAUUCAACGAUUGCUUCAGCGUAUCGCUACUACGGGAGAAGAGCGAAGGGUCCAAGCUGCCUUGGCCGCCAGGAUUGCACUAGAACACUCCGUUAACGCAGAUGAAACUCGUGAAGAAGAGCUAAUGGAAAUUGAUCCUGCUUCUGUGGGUACUUCAAAUCGUACUGGUCCUGUUGAUGAGAAUGAGGACGAUUUCGACAAGAUGUCGUCUAGUGAAACGCAGUCACGAAGUGCAAGUACAUCGGUAUCUCGUGUCGUCACACCUGAGCCCGUUCAAGAACCCUCUUCUCCAAUGCAAGGUCGGAAACUACGCUCUUCGGGGAGAAGACUUUUGUCAAGGCGAGAACUUUAUAAGAAAGCUAGAGGAAAUGCCAUACAACGAAAAUAA